UCACAGGGGGAGCACAGCUGGCCUACCUAGGAUCUCUCCCAGUAAUUGGAGAAAAGGAAGUGAUUCAAGCUGAUGAUGAGCCUACCUUCUCUUUCUUUAGUGGCCCCUACAUGGUCAUGACCAACCUGGUGUGGAACGGGAGCAGGGUCACAGUGAAGGAGCUGAAUCUCCCCACCCACCCUCACUGCAGCAGGCUUAGGCUGGCUGACUUGUUAAUUGCAGAGCAGGAGCACAGCAGCAAGCUCCGGCACCCCCACCUGCUGCAGCUGAUGGCUGUGUGCCUGUCCCAGGACCUAGAGAAGACCCGCCUUGUGUAUGAGCGCAUCACUGUCGGCACACUGUUCGGUGUCCUCCACGAACGGGUAAAUGGCUGUUUCCAGGGAUUUUGUCUUGCUGCCCUCCCCACUUCUCCCCACUGCCCUCUUCCCCUACCCCAGCAGUGAAAUUUCCAUUAAUGUGUGCAGGGAAGAUAAACCUCCUAAUUCUUUACUUUCUAGGGCUAUAUAUGCACCAUUUAAGGCUGAUAAGCACCUGGCUGGAACUAGUGUAAUUUUAUUGCUGUCUGUCCUGUUUUUUCAUCAGAACUCUAAGAGCUCAACAGACCUAGAAAACAAACAGAUGCGUUUCUAUCUAACUGUAAUCAGGCAACCCUUGGCUGGCUUGCUUGUUUACU